CACCCCUGCAAACUCAUCACCCGCACCCUCUCACAACUAUCGCUCAUCGCUGAACCGACUGCCACACAAGCUGCGAUGGCGUCGGGACGCGAUGUGCGCGACAUGCUUGGGCUACCUGCGGGCGCCGACGUCCCAAAGGCAGCGGUACAAAAGCGACCGAAGCCAGCGGGAGGAAGCCGGAAGAUACAGGGCGUUGCGCGUGAAGUUGCAGCGCUGUAUGGCGAACGGCCUCCUCCCGUCGCGGUCUACGAAGAGAAGAAGGCAUACCGGGCAAAGCGGCAGAGCACAGGGCCGGCUAAAAAAUGGGUACAGCAGCCUUUUACGAAUCCAGCGCGCCCCGACGGCCUCAUUUUGAAGCACUGGCGGCGCAAGCCUACGGCCGCUCCAGCCGUACAAGAGAGCGAAGAUGCAGCAAUGCAGGAUAGCGAGAACUUGGACGCAUACCUCGAAUCAUGCACCGACUACGUCAAGUACGAUAUCAAGGUCGACAUGCCUACAUUCACAGACGAGGAAUACGAUGCACAACUACGAAGCGACGACUGGAGCCGAGAAGAGACAGACUACCUCUUUGAAGUGGUGCAGGACUACUCAUACCGGUGGGCUGUCAUCUGGGAUCGCUACGAGUUCGAGCCGUCCAAGAACCGGCAAAUCACACAAGAUAAUGCGAAUGCCGAUCAGGAACAAGCGCUGUCUACCCUCCCGUUUGCGCCCUCCAAGAAACGUUCUGUCGAGGACCUCAAGGCCCGGUUCUACGAAAUCUCAGCUAAGCUAAUGAAGUUGCGCAUACCUGAAGUACAAAUGGACGCCGACCAGUACAGCACGUAUGAGAUGCUCACCAAGUUCGACCCAGUCAUGGAGCGAAAUAGGAAGAUGUUAGCCACGGCACUCAUAAACCGAAACAUGGACGAAGUCAAAGAAGAAGAGUUCCUCCUCACAGAGCUCCAGCGCAUCAACAUGGCAGCCAACCGCCUAGACGCCGAGCGCGAAGAACUCCGAUCACGACUCGAUGCACCGCCGCCGAACCAACAAGUGUCUGCCGGUCUUCAGGCAUUCACGUCAUCACAGGCCCUACAGGCCCUCUUUCAGCAGUUGUUCCAGCAGGACAGGAGCAAGAAACGCGCCUCAGGCGGCGGCACCGGUCCCGGCCGACUCAGUCUCUCGGCCAACGACAUGGUGCAUACGCCCGGCUCAGCACAACAACAACUUUCGGCAGCAAAUAGGCGACAGAGCAUGGCGCAACAACCCACCGCACAAACACCAGUCAAACAUCUGUCUCCGCAUCAAGAGUACCGCUUCAACGUCUCUACGCACGACCGUCUUACAUCCGGUGUCACAUUCGGCUCUGAUAAGCUCCUCAAGAUGCGGCAGGCGAAGUCCAACGUGCAAACGCAGAAAAUCGGCACAAUGCUUGCGAGUCUGGGCGUGGCUGAGGUCAUUAGUAUACCCACAAGCAAAGUGGGCGACGUGUUUGAGAACCUAAUCACAAAAGUCAGUAAGCUUCUCGAUGUGAGAAAAGUUAGAGAGAAGGAGGAGGGCGAGUGUAGAGUGCUGCUUGCUAUGAAGGAGAGACGCGAGAACGGCGGUAGCGCGAGCGUGGAGCCCAGACCAAAGCAAGAAAUCCCAGACUCGCAGGGGACGCCAGAUGUCGACGCCGACGGCGAGAAUGACGAUGAGGAAGAUGCUGAAGGCGACCCGGAAAACGACGAAGAUGAGGAUGAUGCGGAGGGAGAAGAAAACGAAGAUAGAGGCGGCUUCAAUGGAGAAGAAGAUGCGGAUGAGGAUCUUGACGUUGAUGCGGAGGGCGAGGAUGAGAGUAGUAAGCAGCAGAGUAGAGCAACGAGCAUAGGGGGAGCAGGGCACAAGAGGAGUGCGAGCGUGUUCAGCCAGGGGAGUCAGCAGAGUAGUAAGAGACUGCGGAAAUAAGGUUUGUGACUGGGAGUCCAAGGAGACGUGUCUGUUUGCAUUAGCGAUGGCGUUGGUAGUUUAUGUGCUAGAGUGCCCUUUGGGGUGCUCCCCCAAGAUAUAAGUUUUUCAAACUAUCAAUGAUACCUUGACACUUGUGUCGAUACCAC